AUGGAGGCAGAGCCCCAAGGAUCACCACAUGAAGAUGUACAUUUACCAGAACCAGAGCUUGAGCCAUAUCUUGAUGAAGAGGAGGUAACAAUCACCACUCCAGGUACAUUUCAAAAUGACAAGGUCUUCACCUCAGUCGCCUACCCACAGAGCAACGGCCAGGCGGAGGUCACAAACUGGGAGAUCCUUAGAGGCUUGAGAACUCGGCUCAACCACGCGGAAGGUAGCGGGGUCGACGAGCUCUCAAGUGUCUUGUGGGCACUUCGCACGACUCCAAAGGAGGCGACCGACGUAACACCAUUCCAGCUGGUGUACGGAGGAAAAGCGGUGGUUCCUUUAGAGGUGGGAGUAGAAUCCGACCGGGUGCAACUCUACGACGAGGGAAAUGGCGAGUGGAGGUUAAUAGAGCUUGACUUGGUGGAUGAAGCGCAGGAUAAAGUGGUUGUUCAGCUAAUGGCUUACUGA